AUGAACAGCUUAGACAACAUCUCUCUCCCCCCGAUCUUUGACGGCGAAGACUUUGACUCAGAAGACGAAGAACGACUACGCGCUCGGCAAGAAUUCUUCUGCCAGCUUGGUCUCCUCAACGCAAAGAACCGUCUCGAGUUGAAGAAGCGCAGGAUGGCCGCCGCACGAGAUGCCUCCUCCGACUCGGAGGUCGAGGAGGUGACUAACGGGGUCAAGAAGGGGAAGAUGGACGUGACUCCUGCCGACAGUACGCCGCAGGAGCUGGUGAAGCUUGAUCCAGCGGAGGUGGGUAUGACUGUCGGCCUCAAGUAUCUCUACUCCGGCAAAGAAGACAAGCGCGGCCGCUUCCAGUGGGAGUCGAAGAUCCCAGAAGACCUAGGCCAGCCCGCAGAGGACGCCGAGACCCAGAAGCUCUCCAUCAUCGUGCGCAAGGUCAAGGUGUGGAAUGACCCAACGAAAGUCCUCACCCUCCACUCCGUCGUCAUCCAGAGCCCGCUGCUCAAAGACCUGCUCAAGGAAGUGCUGGCUGGCUACCCAGGAGUCACCGUCAACCUCAAGCGCCUGGAGUUCUCCGGGAGGUUUGAACCGCUCAUCCACCGCUAUCAAGAACUCAACCAGGCUUUGGUCAAGUUGCGCCUCGGAGAUGAAGCUGAAGCAAAGACCAAAGCCGAGCAUGCCGAGCUCCUGCAGAAGCUGCUGGAAGAGGAGUUCAAAGACACCAUUGAUGCGUCGAUGGACCUGAAAAGCCAAGGCGUCAUGACCUACGAGCACCUCUGGACCCUCUUCCAACCCGGUUCACUUGUGUACAGCAAGCAGCAAGGCCAAGACCGCAUCUUCAAGCUCAUGUCGUCGCGAUAUGGCCAGGAUCGCAACAUGAAUCCGUGUUUCUGGCUGACGUGCCAGUACGUUGAUUACGAUGGGACGCGCUUUGGGACGCAGAAGUUGAAUGUCAAGAUCGCGGCGUAUGAUGGGACCAAGUCGAUCAACAGCUUUCAGAGCUAUCCGCUUGAGUACCACAACAGCAAGGAGGACCUCAAGGCGAAGCUCAUCGAGCGUGGUGGCAAGGUUGAGAGCUUUGCUGGAUGCCAUUACCGGGCGUACCACGGAGUUGGGUGGAGGACUGACAGCAUGGGAAAUAGAGACUCGCAGUUUGUCAAAGGCCGUGUGGUGAUCGAUACUUACGGCUGGAACCGCUUCAACCCAAACUACAGCAUCUUCGUCCAGCCGCUGCAUGUCAAGGAGACAAGAGCGGUCAGUGGGCUCGGUGGUCUUGCGUCAGGCGAGGACGAAUAUGAGAGCGACUACGAUGACUACGACGACGACAACGACGGCAUGCCCUUGGACGGCCUGUUCGCGGACGAAGAGGACGAGGAGACGAAGCAGAAGAACAAGUUGAACGACGAGCACAAGAUGAUGUGCACGCCACUCGUCCGCGGGUAUGCGUUCAAGGAGAAGAUGUGGCUGAACUUCUUCGUGAACGCCGUCCAGGACAUCAGCUUCAACGAGUCCGCCUUCGACAGCCUCGUCCUCCCCAGCAACAAGAAAGAGCUCAUCCACGGCUUCAUCGAAACCCACCAGAACCACAUGACGCAGUUCGACGACGUGAUCCAAGGCAAAGGCCGCGGCAUCAUCCUGCUCCUCUGUGGCCCUCCAGGCGUCGGCAAGACUCUCACCGCCGAAUCCGUCGCCGAAGAGAUGAAAGUGCCGCUGUAUCAGAUGUCCGCCGGCGAUCUCGGGCUCGAUCCUAGACAUGUCGAGAGCAAGCUCCAAGGGGUGCUCGAUAUGUGCACGCGCUGGAACGCUCUGCUUCUGCUCGACGAGGCGGAUGUGUUUCUGGAAGAGCGCUCGUUGCAUGAGUUGGAGCGGAAUAAGCUCGUGAGCAUCUUCUUGCGGGUGCUGGAGUAUUAUGAAGGGAUUAUGUUCUUGACGACGAAUCGGGUGCAGACUUUCGACCAAGCCUUCCAGUCGAGGAUUCACAUCAGCCUGGAGUACAAGGAGCUCGACCUCCCCAGCAGGAAGUCGGUAUGGCUUGCCUUCCUCAAGCAGCACAACAUCGCGCAAGCAGCCGCGCGCGAGAGACCGCCGAAGGUGACAGCGUCCGCCGCGAAGUCCCAGGAUAAGUCGAAGGCUAAAGGAGAAGCCAGUCCACAGGACGAGGAGACCGUCAAGCAGCAGCAUUUGGCUCGUACGCUCCCGCAUACCAUGGAAGAGAGCGAUGUCAACAAGCUCGCGCGUCUGCAGAUGAACGGCCGGCAGAUCAAAAAUAUUCUGAAGGCGGCGCAGAUGCUGGCGACGAGGAAGGGGGAAGGGUUGGGGUUUGCGCACGUGGAGAUGGUGAUGGAUGUUACGCAGCAUUUGCACCAGACUACGCUGGAGAGUGAGAGGGCGAGGGCGAGUUUCUUUACUUGA